AUGUUCCUUAGUAAUAAAAAAUAUGCCCAAAAGUUGAUUCGUAAUUUUCGCUUGCCUUCGGAAGAAUUGACUUGGGAAAAGUUAAAUGCUGUUUCUAAUGCUCAAUCACUGCCAAUUGAAGGAAACCAAUUUUGUUCUUCAAGUUGUCGCGAAGAAUUUCACGAUUUAGUUUGUGAUAAAUGUCAAAUUAAAAUAUUUGAUACCCCUCACUAUGUUAACAAAGAAGAAAAAGAAGGAGUAAUUUGUUUUGACUGCGCUAAUACUAAGUGCAUAGAAUGUCACAAGACUAUUCCUCAUUCUUCUGGCUAUUUUCAAAAACUUUUACCUGGUCCAGAAGGGCAAAAAAUCAAAAGUAGCAAUACUGGAAAUUAUCUUCCGCUCUGCAGAAUUUGCCAAGCCAAAAAAACUCACCAAUCAGGGGAAGAAGAUUUGCUUCGUGGAAAUAAUUACCAAAAAGUAUUGGUUGCUUUUGACAGUACCAAAAUUAAUUUUCGGCACCAAAUCUAUCCAGAAUAUAAAAUUCAUCGUUUGGCUACCCCACCAAGACUGCUUCAACAAUUAAAUACUCUCAAAGAUUUGCUAAUGCAGAGUGAAGUUCCAGUAGUGGAAUUGGACAAGGAUUUGAUGCAACUUCUUUCUCCUCAGGUGAAAAUUUACAAGUAUUCUCAAGGAGAAAUUAUUGCUUUUACCGAACAAGAUUUCUGGCAAGAAUAUAAUUUUUCUCCCGGUAAUUAUAUUGAUUAUCUUUGUUUGCUAGGAGACCAAGUUGAUAACGUUCAAGGAGUUAAUGGAAUUGGUAUAAAAACAGCCCAACAGUUAAUCCAAAGUUUUAAAACCAUCGAAAAAAUUUACCAAAACGGUCAGCAAUUAUCUCCAAAAGUUCAAGAAUUAUUAACCAAAAAUCAAGAAUUAGUUUUUCAGAAUAAGCAAUUGAUUACUUUAAAAAAUGACCUUAUUUUGCCAAUUAAUUGA